GUCCUCUUUCCGUCCUGUCUUGUUCCCUCCCUCAUCCCAACCGUGGACGGGCAAAGGGGGCGCGCACCCAGGACCGGCAAGCGUGGCAACCCCGCACGAUCGAGACGGGUUUAACAGCGGGGUGGGGACGGGCAGGCAUGUGGGUGGUGGGCGGGCAAGGUUCGCUGUGGCGGAUGCCCAAUUGGAGGCGCGUAUGAUGGCGAGGAUGGCUAGCCGCGGCCAGCUGUGAGGUAAUUGCCAGGAAGUCAACGAGUGACGAGUGUGAUGCUUGCCCAUGGAUUCGACUACUACUGCCAGUACAGCAGUAGUCUCAGGUCUGCAUCCGUUCCCCAUUUCCACCCCCCACCCCGACUCGCCAGCUUCCCCUCCCGCUUCCUUCCCCCCCUUCUUCACCUGGCCUUUAUUAGUAUCGGAGCUCCCUCUUUUUUUUCCCUUCCCCUCUUCUUCCUCCUCACUCCCCAUUCACACAUCCAUCUUUCAUCAUGGCUGGCCUUUUCACCACCAUCGAGACCCCCAACAACAUUAAAUAUGAGCAGCCUCUUGGCUUGUUCAUCAACAAUGAGUUCGUGAAGGGCUCCGAAGGCAAGACCUUCGAGACCAUCAACCCCACCACCGAGAAGCCCAUCGUCGCUGUCCACGAAGCCUCCGAGAAGGAUGUCGACCUUGCCGUCGCCGCUGCUCGCAAGGCCUUUGAGGGCGAGUGGCGCCUGGUGACGCCCACCAAGCGUGGCCGCAUGCUGCUCAAGCUGGCCGAACUCUUCGAGCGCGAUAUUGACAUCCUGGCCGCCAUUGAGUCUCUGGACAACGGUAAGUCCCUGAGCAUGGCCAAGGGCGAUGUCACCAACGCCGCCGGCUGCCUGCGCUACUAUGGUGGCUGGGCCGACAAGAUCCACGGUCAGACGAUCGACCAGAACCCCCAGACCUUGAACUACACUCGCCACGAGCCCAUCGGUGUCUGCGGUCAGAUCAUCCCCUGGAACUUCCCCAUCCUGAUGUGGUCCUGGAAGAUCGGCCCUGCCGUCGCCACCGGUAACACCGUCCUGCUGAAGUCCGCUGAGCAGACUCCUCUGUCCGCGCUGUAUGCCGCCAAGCUGGUCAAGGAGGCCGGUUUCCCUCCCGGUGUCGUCAACAUCAUCUCCGGCUUCGGCCGUGUGGCCGGUGCUGCCAUCUCCAACCACAUGGACAUCGACAAGGUCGCCUUCACUGGAUCUACUCUGGUCGGUCGCACCAUCCUCCAGGCUGCUGCCAAGAGCAACCUCAAGAAGGUGACUCUCGAGCUGGGUGGCAAGUCUCCCAACAUCAUCUUCGAUGAUGCCGACAUCGACAACGCCAUCUCGUGGGCCAAUUUCGGUAUCUUCUACAACCACGGCCAGUGCUGCUGCGCCGGCUCUCGCAUCCUGGUCCAGGAGGGCAUCUACGACAAGGUUGUUGCCCGCCUGAAGGAGCGUGCCACCCAGAACAAGGUCGGCGACCCCUUCCACCACGAGACCUUCCAGGGUCCCCAGGUCUCCCAGCUGCAGUUCGACCGGAUCAUGGAGUACAUCGACCACGGCAAGAAGGGUGGCGCUACCGUUGCCGUCGGUGGCGAGCGUCACGGCACGGAGGGCUACUUCAUCCAGCCCACCGUGUUCACCGAUGUCACUACGGAAAUGAAGAUCAACCAGGAGGAGAUCUUCGGCCCCGUCGUCACCGUACAGAAGUUCAAGGAUGUUGAGGACGCCAUCAAGAUUGGCAACAGCACCGCCUACGGUCUCGCUGCCGGUAUCCACACCAAGGAUGUCAACACCGCCAUCCGCGUGUCCAACGCCCUGCGCGCCGGAACCGUCUGGGUCAACAGCUACAACAUGCUGUCCUACCAGGUGCCCUUCGGUGGGUUCAAGGAGUCCGGUAUCGGCCGCGAGCUGGGCUCGUACGCUCUGGAGAACUACACCCAGACCAAGGCGGUGCACUACUUCCUGGGCGACUCGCCCUUCUAAGUUGAUCUGACGUCAGGGGCGAAUGGCAGCUCGCUCCGGUGACGAGUUGCGUUUGGUAAUAGCUUUUUCCUAGUGGCCAUGACUGGUUCAUGUAAAACAAUCAGGAUACGAAUUUACGAUGAGAUAAUUAUCCGUCC